CGCUAGACACUAGACUUUCCUACGUCAUUCGACCAACUGGGAAUUCCCGUUUUUCCCUCCCUUCUGUCGUUCCGCUUUUCUUUGACAAAUUCGUCCUUUCCAGCCGAACAACUAGGCAGUACUCAUUUCUGACCACAGUAGGAAGGGGAAUUCCCAAUUCCCCCUCCCUCUCUCUUUUCUCUCUUUCUCUCGUCCGUUAGGCUUUUUUCUUUACACGUAUUUAUUGCUUCUUGCUACUGGCUGAAGACAACAUCUGUCUCUUUUCUGUUUUCGUUUUUAGUUGAAAGGUGAGAGGUAAAAUUUUAUUUCUUCUGUUUCUAUCAUUGUUUGUUUCAUUUCGUUCCUCUCGGUGUUCUUUCAUAUUUUUCUAGAGCAUGUAUUUAUCCGAGAAUCUCUAAUUAUUUCUUACGUCUGGUUUAGUAGUCGAGUUAAUUAUCGUGUGGUUCUCCCCGCCGUAUGAAUCACUAUCGCUCCUACCUCGCUACCCAACAGUCCACCUAGAUGAUCGGCUCGUGAUCGUUCCGGUGGCGAUACACAGCAUUCUGUCACCGAACAUCGUGGGGGUACAUAGUGAUGGUUAUCAUUUUAUCAAUGCGUUUCCGGGAGAUUCGUACGGGAGAAAACACCUUGUCGCCUGGACUGGCGAUCAGUCCUCGUCGGUAGCAUUAAUGUUAAAGGUGUAUACCGUUGAUCCCUACGCGUCUGAUUUCGCUUUGAUCGUGCCUCUGACUAGUCCUCCGUCUAGCCGGAGACUGUUCCCGAUUCUCACGCGACUCUCAAGUGAUCGUCGUUCGCUAUGUACGAGACAAGAGAUGAGAAACAACUGGGUCUUGACAAUGUCGCGUUUCAACUCGACGAACCUCGUAUUAUCAAAAAUGAUAGAGGCGCGUAUUAUCCCGAUCGAGACUCGAACAGCAUCCUGGACGUGCAAAUCGCCGAAUCGGAAAAGAAACGUGCAACAUGGAACAAUAGCGUGGAAUUUCUCAUGUCGUGCAUCGCUGUGUCAGUUGGUUUCGGCAAUAUCUGGCGGUUUCCGUUCACGGCUUAUGAGAACGGAGGUGGUGCUUUCCUCAUUCCGUAUGUGAUCCUGCUGUUCCUGGUAGGAAAACCAUUCUACUUUCUAGAGAUGAUCAUCGGACAGUUCUCCAGCAAGUCGUCCGUUAAAGUUUGGGGCAUGUCGCCAGGUUUUACUGGAGUUGGAUGGGCGCAAUUUUGCUCGACCAUCGCAUUGGCGACCUACUACAGCUCGCUAAUGGCAUUAACGCUUUACUAUCUGAUCGCGUCUUUCUCUGCCGAGUUACCUUGGGCCACCUGCCUGAAAGAAUGGGGUGACACGUGUGUCGAUUCGAGCACGAAGAGAAACCAUAAUGUUGAUCUCAUCACAGCGGAAGAAAAUGUCGAUGUUCUUAAUAAUCUCUUAAAUAGCAGCACUCAGGUUCAGAGCUCAGCCGAACUAUAUUUCUCACGAGUAGUUUUACACGAGAAAGAAAACAUUGAUGAUGGAAUUGGAUUGCCAAGCUGGCAGCUGACACUUUGCCUCUUUGGAAGCUGGGCAGCGAUCUGCGCGGUACUCUUCCAAGGCGUGAAGAGCUCCGGGAGAUUCUCCUACUUCCUGGCGAUCUUUCCAUACAUUGUACUAGUCUCAUUAUUGAUUCGUGCAGUUACUCUGGAUGGUGCAAUCGACGGGAUUCUCUAUUUUAUCACCCCGAAAUGGUCGAAACUCCUGGAGCCAACUGUCUGGUAUGCCGCCGUGACUCAAUGCUUCUUCUCGCUCUCCGUCUGCUUCGGCAGCAUUAUCACAUACUCAUCGCACAACGAUUUCAAACACAAUAUCUACAGAGACGUGUUGAUAAUCACCUCGCUUGAUACGGUUACGAGUCUACUGGCUGGCUGUACAAUAUUCGGCAUCCUCGGCAAUCUGGCAUACGAAUUAGGAGUAGACGAUAUAUCUAAAGUAGUCAGAGGUGGAGCUGGUCUGGCAUUCGUGUCUUAUCCCGACGCGAUAGCAAAGUUUAGCUUCUUGCCGCAGUUGUUCGCUGUGCUGUUUUUCGUGAUGAUGUUCGUCCUCGGUGUCGGUAGCGCCGUGGGUAUGGUUACGGGAAUCAUCACUGUGAUAAACGAACAGUUCCCGAAGCUGAAGACUUGGCAAAUUGUCGUUCCAGCUUGUUGCCUGGGAUUCGCAAUUGGCACAGUCUAUGUAACGCCGGGUGGUCAGUUUAUUUUAACUUUAGUAGAUUAUUAUGGUGCUUCAUUCGUCGUUUUUAUCUUGGCAUCAUUCGAAAUGACCGGAGUGAUAUGGGUUUAUGGUCUGGAAAACUUUAUGGACGACCUCAUAUUUAUGCUGGACCGGAAACCAAGCAUUUACUGGAGGAUAUGUUGGUUUAUAGUGACGCCAUUGAUAUUAAUAACAAUUUUUAUUUAUACAGUAGCCACAUUAUCGCCUGUAACCUAUGGUCAAAGAUCGUUGCCGGCAUCCGCACAUGCUGCCGGAUGGACGUUACUGUGCAUAGGUGUCCUUCAGAUUCCAUUAUGGAUGUUAAUUGCGAUGUUGAAGAAGCGGGAAUUGCCAUGCAUGCAGAUGGUGAAGGCAGCUUUCGCACCCGUAGAUGGAUGGGGUCCGCAGGAAGUGCAACAACGAAAGAAUUGGAAGAUCUUCAAGGAAGAAAGAGCGAGAGCCCGCGAGAAGAGAAUUCAACCAAUUUGGCAACAAAUGCUUUACGUUCUCUUAAACAAGGAGCCGAAGUAAAAUGUAUAAUUUUGCUCCAAUUCGGAGCAUCUAAAGUUUUUCAAACGCUUACACCGCGGCAGGAUCGCGAGAGAAAUUUUUUAAAUGUAUAUGAGAAAAUUAUUUUCUAGAGAUUCGUUAACUCUUUAAUUACACGCGACUUCUCGCAAGAAACUAUUUUAUUUUAUUUUUUUUUUAAUUUAACUAAAUAAUCAAAUAACAUAAAAAAUCAGAUUGACAACAUUAUACAAUAUCGAAAAAUAUUAUUAAACUAAAUAGAUAGUAUACAGAAAUAUUAAUCGUUACAGCUAAUUCCUCGCAUAGUUCUGGACUACAGUAACUGCAGUUAAAGGGUCAAUAGCUGACUGCGCAAAGCUAUAUUUGAAUUCUUAAUAGGUUCUACGUAAGUCUACUUCUGAGCUAACUCUGAGUAAUGUUGCGUUAUGUGCAACAUGAUUGCAAAUCAUAUAUCGUGAUCAAAAGUCACGCGAUAAAGAACUGUCGAUAUCAUUGAGAUCAUUUUACUCGAUCGCCAUGCGAUCACUGCUGAAUAAUAUAGAACAUCGUAACUUU